UUUAUAACGAUACGUGUUCACUUAUUAAAGCUGUGCUGUUCCCUUGAUAUGCAGGAGGGAGUUACCCACGAUUUAUGAUUCCCGCCUACGAUGAACAUCCACCUGUAGCGCUGUUCUACUUCAUCAUUAUAAUUGUUACUGGAGAGAUCAUCUUGUAUGCAAUCUUGGUUGCACAAAUAUAUGAUUUUUAUGUCAAAGCAAACAAGAAUCAUGUAAAAGAAGAACGUCACCACGAGAGGCAAUGUUUGGUGAAAGCAUUUGAAAUUCUUGAUCGUAACAAUGAUGGUUUCAUUGACUUUGAUCAAUGGAAAGGUGUUAUGCGCUGUCUUCGACCAAAAGCUUCAUCAUCUGAAAUCAACAAAAGAUUCCGAAAGCUCAAAGAGUUAUCCAAAAAUGAUGUCACAAAUGACAGAUAUAGUAGUAGCUCAAGUGAAGAUGAUUAUUGGGCGAUUAACAUUGUGGAAUUUUUCUAUCUUCCAAAUGUUAUGCAGUUCACAGUGGAAAAAUCAAAACCCCGUAGAAGUGGAAGUGACAAUUUAAACUGUUCUGAAAAUAAAUACAUAAUAUGUUUUACAAGAUUGCGCCAGAAAAUAACAUCACUGUGCUGGAUGUGGUGCAACAAUAAAUAUGUUUCAUAUUUUUCCAUUGCUAUCAACACUUUAUAUGUACUCCCAUUCUCACUUUACUGGUGGGGAAUGCAGGACAUCACAACUAAGAUCACUAAUAUUGCCGAAGUGACCCUUCUUGUUCUUAUAACCAUAGAAACUGUUAUUCAGUUCAUAGCACUGGGUGUUUCUUACAUGUUGCAAGAGAUGCUCUUGCAUGUUACCAUGGUUGUUGUUGCUGUAGCAACCACAAUAUAUCUUUUCACGACACCUUACCCUGUUGAUGGUUGGGCACAAGUGAUCGGACAACUUUCCAUGAUCAUCCGUUUGGCUUGUUUCAAAAAAAAAUCCUCCUCCAUGUUUCAUUGGUUACGAAGAAUUGCUCCACCACUUAUAACACUUCUAUGCGUGAUAUGCAUCGCAUUCUACACAUAUGGGGUGGUGGGAAUGGAAUGUUUUGGAUCUCUUAACUCCGACAAUGUUUUACCAUCUGGAGUCUCCCUAUGUCAGCAUGGAUUUGAAAACUUGGGAUGUAGUUUGUUGACGUUGUUUCAAAUAAGUCUUGGAUCAAGCUGGCAUAAAAUGAUGCAUUAUAUAAUGGAUGAAGUCAGCGUGUAUUCAUGCAUCUAUUUUAUCUUCUUUUACACAUUCAUGCAAAUGUUGGUGUUAAAUGUGAUAUCAGCUGUAGUGGUUGAAUUAUCUAAUGCUAUUUAUAACGAUGAGACAGAAGCAAAACAGCGAGAUAAAGAGUGUUAUAACAGAGAAAACACAACUAGCGGUAAAAGUAGUGCAAGAAAAAUAUCAAAAAAAUCAAACGAUUUAAAACUUCCUGCCAAAAAAUGGUCGACAGGAAGUGGUUCGUCUGUUGUUGCUGCUGUUUCCAUGGCAACCGGGGUGAUGGGACUUGAUCCAGCAUUGCUCUCUCCACCAAGAGAACAAGGAAACACUUCAAAAAUACAGACAGGAAACACCACAAAAGAAUCUUCCUCUGCCUUCCGACUAAAACAUCUUCCAUCAAUAAUUGAAGAAGAUCUUGCUAUAGAAGAUAUUGACGAAGUUACAUUGACUGGUCGCAAAGAGCUGGGCAAGUGGACGAGGGAAAUCUUGUCAGACAUGACAUUUUUAAAUGCAGAUGAUAUGAACAGACUUCGGGAAGAAAUGGGAAAGUCUGUGGAGGGAUUAAGAAUUAAGCCAAAUCGUAAACGAAUAUCAUCCAACAACAGUGACACAAAAGGAGACGAAGCCGGAAAUUCAUAAUGAAUAUUUAGAUGUUAAUUCCAAGUUUAAAUAUUUAGGCUUCAAAACCAAAUAUUAAUCUAAAAAGGGCAAACUAGUAUGGUGGGCUAAGAUGGAAGUUUAAAGCACAACACAAAUAAUUAAAAAGGUGCUGUUAAGCAAUUUUCACACUUUUAUAAAUUAAUGUAACCUGGGCAUGCGCACUAACCAACUGUGCCACAGCACCAAAUUAUAAAAAUGAAAAGAAAUUAAACGCUUGGUAUUCGGAAAUUUUUAAUAAAUGUUAGUAAAGUGGUAAUUAUUCAGUUUUAGAGGGUUAAUGUAAAUUAUCUAAUUAUAAUGUUUAGGUAAAAAUAAUGUUUACAGUUACCGUAUAGUGUGGUAAUGUCGUGGCAAUGAUUGUGUUGCUUUACUGUUAAACUCGCAAUUUCCUGUUGGCCUGUUUGUACGGUCUUCCCUUGGCCUAUUACUUCUCCAGUCACAUGGAUAGCAUAAAUGCAUUUCGAAGUUACGUCCUUUAGAUUUUAUGUUGCACAGAUUUUAUGUUUCACAAGUGUUUUAUAAAAAACUUGCGUCCUAUAUAUCUUGGCUUUUGCGUCCUCUCUUUGUCGUAUCGUCCCUUUGCCCUUGUGUUUCUUAAAUAAAGAAGUCAACCAUUUGUUUUGA